GCGACGGCGCCGAGCACUUCCGGAGCUGCGGGGACGACUCCGCUGGAGGAAGCAGCGCGGGCCCGACCGGCGUCGGCCCGCCGCCUCCGACUCAGCCGCGCUUUAUUCCGACUCCUCUGGCCCGGCCCGACCCGGUCUGGUCUGUCCCGGCUUAGCGGUCCUGGGGCUCCCGCUCCCGAUGGAAAUCCUAUGACUUAGAAUAUAUGAGUGACAUCUGCCUGAAAGAUCUUAAAAAAUUACAGAAGACAAAAAUACUAAUGCUUUUGAGAAAGCGGUAAAGUUUUGGGGGGAGGGGGGAAAAGCAACUGCUUUCCUGAUCUGCAACUUAGCUGGAUGUUAAGAUGUCGGUGGACAUGAAUAGCCAAGGGUCUGACAGCAAUGAAGAAGACUAUGACCCAAAUUGUGAGGAAGAAGAGGAGGAAGAGGAUGAGGACCCUGGGGAUAUACACGACUAUUAUGUGGGAGUAGCCAGCGAUGUGGAGCAGCAGGGGGCUGAUGCCUUUGAUCCCGAGGAGUACCACUUCACUUGCUUGACCUACAAGGAGUCCGAGGGUGCCCUCAACGAGCACAUGACAAGCUUAGCCUCUGAUUUAAAGGUAUCUCAUUCAGUUGCUAAACUUAUAUUAGUUAAUUUCCACUGGCAAGUCUCAGAGAUAUUGGACAGAUACAAGUCCAAUUCCGCUCAGCUGCUCGUUGAGGCUCGAGUUCAGCCUAAUCCAUCAAAACAUGUCCCCAUAGCCCAUCCUCCUCACCACUGCGCAGUAUGUAUGCAGUUUGUGCGGAAGGAAAACCUACUCUCUCUGGCCUGUCAGCACCAGUUUUGCCGCAGCUGCUGGGAGCAGCACUGCUCAGUACUUGUCAAGGACGGCGUGGGUGUGGGAGUCUCUUGUAUGGCUCAAGACUGUCCACUCCGUACACCAGAGGACUUUGUGUUUCCUUUGCUUCCCAAUGAAGAAUUAAGAGACAAAUAUAGGCGCUACCUCUUCAGGGACUACGUGGAGAGUCAUUACCAGCUCCAGCUUUGCCCUGGUGCAGACUGCCCCAUGGUUAUUCGGGUACAGGAGCCUAGAGCUCGCCGAGUACAGUGCAAUCGGUGCAAUGAGGUCUUCUGUUUCAAGUGUCGUCAGAUGUAUCACGCCCCCACAGACUGUGCCACGAUCCGGAAAUGGCUUACGAAGUGUGCAGAUGACUCUGAAACAGCCAACUACAUUAGUGCUCACACUAAAGAUUGUCCCAAGUGCAACAUCUGCAUUGAGAAGAAUGGAGGCUGCAAUCACAUGCAAUGCUCCAAAUGUAAACACGACUUCUGCUGGAUGUGUCUAGGAGAUUGGAAGACUCAUGGCAGUGAGUACUAUGAAUGCAGUCGUUAUAAGGAGAAUCCUGACAUUGUCAACCAGAGCCAGCAAGCCCAGGCCAGGGAAGCCCUCAAGAAGUAUUUAUUCUACUUUGAGAGGUGGGAAAACCACAACAAAAGCUUGCAGCUAGAGGCACAGACAUACCAGCGGAUUCAUGAAAAGAUUCAGGAGAGGGUCAUGAACAAUCUAGGGACAUGGAUCGACUGGCAAUACCUACAGAAUGCUGCUAAGCUCUUGGCCAAGUGUCGAUAUACCCUGCAGUAUACCUACCCAUAUGCAUACUACAUGGAGUCUGGACCCAGGAAGAAGCUGUUUGAAUACCAGCAGGCUCAGCUGGAGGCUGAGAUCGAAAACCUGUCAUGGAAAGUGGAGCGUGCAGACAGCUAUGACAGAGGGGACUUGGAGAACCAGAUGCACAUAGCAGAGCAGCGGAGGAGAACCCUGCUGAAGGAUUUCCAUGAUACCUAAGUUGGGACAUGGUCAUGCCGGGAUGAGGAAGAUACGGCUGCAAGAUCUCCCGGCUGUCAUACUGCAUGCUGCAGGCUCUGCCUUUCACGACCCCAGGCGACAGCCAGGGCCCCACUCCUGAGACACACUGGCAACACCUCUUAGUCAAUUUCUGUUUUCUUCUCAUCUUUUCACUUUUUGUUUCUACCAGGGUAGAGGUCAUAUUGAAUUGACUUCUUUUCAGGACUUUUAAAUCCCCCUGGAUGGUUGUUGGGAGGGAGGGAUAGUUUUUUUUCUGAAUGGCUGUUAAUAGUAUUAGAUCAUUACACCUUGUGUAAUUUUCAAAGGUUGUACAAUUAUACAAAAAGAAAAAAAGGCAAACCAUAGGAUAACACAGAGCCAUUUUAAAAAAUAAAUUGGCAUUGGAGUGUUUUACCCUCUAGCUAUUUCACUUAGAAUGUAACACAUGCUGCCCACCUACCUGCCUUGGAAUGUCUAUACUGUAAGAGGGCCCCGGGGUGGCCUCUGCUUUCCUAAUUCAUGUAUUUGGCCAGAGCUGGAGUCCCAAGGGAAGGGCAUGAGUGGCAGAUGAUGAGGAAUUGAAUUGGUCUGUGCAAUGGGCAUGGAGCACAGGGAGUCACAUGCCUCCUGCCUCACCUUGGCAGUAAGGAGACAGUACAGAAUGGGGUCUUCUGGCCAUGGGGUGUUAUUGUCUCUUGUUGUGGGCUCAUCUAUAUUCUUGAAAGUGAAGCUCACCUGGGUCUGGCUGCCAGGCCAGAGCCCACAGCAGAACAAAGGUGAGCUUGUGGUCCCCCUGACUAGGGGACAUAGAUUUAGCAAUUUCUUUUUGUCUCUUAAAGAUGGAGAUCCACUUUUGAAAGGAAUUGUUACCCCCCCAAAUAAAUUUGCUUUACCUUGGUCUCUU